GCACCGCGCGGCGUCUCGCCUCCUCAUUGCCCUGAACCGGGAAGCGAGGCAAUUUAAAGCGGCCGGGAGGGGGGGUUCCUCUGGUAACGGCCACUCGCCAAGGAUGGGGGAGCCCGGCGGCUACAGGUGUGUCGAGUGCAACCGGGAAGCUCCUGAGCUUUACAGGGACUAUCAGCGCGGGGUGCUGCGCAUCGCCAUCUGCAAAUCCUGCCAGAAACCGGUGGACAAGUACAUUGAGUAUGAUCCUGUUAUCAUCUUGAUUAAUGCCAUCUUAUGCAAAACACAGGCUUACAGGCAUAUUCUUUUCAAUACACAGAUAAAUAUUCACGGGAAGCUUUGCAUAUUUUGUUUGCUUUGUGAAGCUUAUCUCAGGUGGCUGCAGCUACAGGAUUCAAGCCAAAACACAGACCCUGAUGACUUAAUCAGAUAUGCCAAAGAAUGGGAUUUUUAUAGAAUGUUUGGAAUUGCUUCUUUAGAACAAACUGCAUUUUUGGUUGGCAUCUUUACUGCCCUUUGGCUAGCAAGACCUGAGAGCCUGAAAACAAAGUCAGACUUCAUCUUUCUUCUGAAAGCCCUGCUGUUGUCUAGCUAUGGAAAACUUCUGCUGAUUCCAGCUGUUAUUUGGGAACACGACUAUACGCCUUUGUGCCUCAAACUCAUAAAAGUCUUUGUCCUGACAUCAAACUCUCAAGCGAUUAGAGUUACCUUGAAUUUAAGCCAAAAGCUCACUUUGUUGGCCAUCUUGAGUGGAUUAAUGUUGGAAAAUGGUAUAGUCUACUUGUUCCAGAGAAUGGGAUGGAAUGUUUGAAAAGGCAGCCCAGUGUCCAUUUUCUAAAUCUUGGAUUACAUUGAAAAUCUAAAGAAAAACCAACAUGGUACAUUCUCAAAGAAUUAUCCUCCUACAGCAAGCCUCAAAUAGUUUUCUGAACAAAAACUUUCCAUGAUAAUUGACUGUAAACCAUUAUGAUUUAAAAUGAGAAACUUCAGUAGUCUGGCUAUUGUGUGUGUUAUACCAGAAAACUUCAGUCUAAACUUGCUUACUUUCCCACCAAAAAUAUGAGUGUGCCACUAUCCUAAUAGCUUUCAUAGAUCCAGCUGUAACAGAAAAAUGGAGACUAAAAAUUUCAGUACUACCACCAAUCACUACUUCAGAUGUUUUUUCAGAAGGAGUUGGAUGAGAUAUUUUCCUUAGGAGGGAAAAGGAGUUAUUGAGAAAAUUGAAAUAGGAAAACAAAACCAGUACUUUCUCAGAGUCAUGAACAGAUAAAGAACUAAGUAGGGCCAGAAUCGACUGUUCCGUAGUACAGUACACUUACAAUGGACAGACUAAGCUUCAUUCUCGGAUGUUUGCGAAACAAGUCUAAACAAUAAAGGAGUUAUUUGUA